AUACAAUGUUUCCGAAAGAAAUCAUAACUUAAUUGAUACAGAAGAGUCAACAGAACAUUUAGUUGACCGUCGAAACUCCAGCGAAACGGAUUAAGUUGGGAUUGAAGCAAUUUUUAUUCAGUGAACUGACCGUUGAUUUACUUUACUGGUUUCUAACAAUACGGAAAAUUGGAAAGCUGUGAACUAUGAAGAAAUUUUUUAUAUUUGUGGGUGUUUUAAGUGCGAUGACUAAGUGGUCUAUGUGUACUUCGGAUUAUGGAAUCGAUGGGCAUAUUCCAGGUGGAUCGGCCCAAUUUUGCGCAGAUUUAAAUCCUCAAAAUCAUCUGGAUAUAUCACAGAUAACUGGAAUGUGGUAUGGCGCCGAAGUACUGCAACAUCAAAACAGUUAUGAAAGUGACAAAUUAGUGGAUACUUGCGUCACAGUCCACAUAAAGGAAACGACCCACGAGCAAAUUACAACACGUUCUCCAACCUACGAUUCAUUUGAUGCUCCCUACUACAAUGCCGAAAGGAGUAGACCUCGCCCGAAUCAAUACAACUAUGUUAGACUGAUCUGGGAGGAAAGAGGAACUGUGCUGGAAUAUUCUCUCCGAUACAAUACGACCCGACGUGGCUUUUGGAUAUCUUCGCCGCCACUUGCAGAUGCUGAAAGAAAUACGCCGUACACUCAGUUUACUGGAACGCUUCAAGUGAUGAAAGCUGUUGGCACUCAUUUGGUUCUAACGUUUUGUCAAACCGUGCCUACAGGACAGUUAUUCUCAGUAAUUUUGUCCAGGAGACCGAAUACACUAACUCACGAGGACAUUCAAAGUGUAAGAAAUUUACUAAGACGUCGAGGAUUAAGUACUUCAUCGAUUCGAAGAGUGUGCGCUACUGGAAAUGCACCGGCGGUUACAUUUUCUUCGAUUCUACUGUUAGGCUUGGCUUUCCUUUUCUACUACUAAAUUGUGUUCAGAAUCCAGAAUUUUUUUUUGUAUUAAAGAAAAUUUUAAGAAAU